AUAAUGUAAAGAAAUUUAUAAGAAAUCCUAGACAAUAACGCUGUGAGUCAAACAAAAUUAUUUUCUACAUUUAUUCUAUGUUGUGAGUUCGAAUUCCACGUCUGUCGACUUUCCCCUUCACUUCUCCUGUGUCAAUAAAACAGGUACCAGUAUUAUAUAUUGGAUUAAUUUAACUGACUCAAUCGAUUAAUCUUACGUCUAGACGAAAGAAGUGAGUGAAGCUAUUCCUUCAUUCUUACAUUCGUUCAUUCCCUUACUUAGUGUAUUCUGUUAUUCCAUUCGCCAUUAUUGCUAUCUUUAUCUCGUGAAGUCGUGACACGUUCUGCCGUGAUCGUGAGACAAAAUUCUUCGCAAGCUGCUUCAUUGUUUGACUCCAGUACAUAAUUUCCUUAGAAAAUCACGUCUUAAAUUGACUUUAUUGUACGUUUAGAUAUCUAAGAAACAAAAGGAGAAAAAGAUAUACAUAAUAGAACAAAAUCUGAAUUAUCAACUUGUUAAAACUUACGUGAGAUACUUAUGAAAAAUCAUAAAUUAUAUUGCUGAAAUUACAUUCAUGGAAUAAUUUGGAUUAUAUAUUUUAUAUAACAAACAGAAAAGCGAAAUAUUAUUCAUGUGUGUAUUUAUCCACAUUCCUAUUUAUAUAAUUAUUUGUGCAGAUAAGUAUAUUUUUUGAUAUUGUAUACUGGAUUUCAGUUGUUACAUUCUUCCCGCCAUUGUUUCCAAGCAUAGAUAUAUCGACUCAGGAGUUGUUGUUUUUUAGCCCCAUAUCAACUCUGAUCGAAUAAGCCUAUGAUUAAACGCAUUCCCGUAUGCAGGAAACAUUAAACAACCUUUGAGGGUGUCAUUUGAAAGAUUCGACUGCUAUUUCUAGUAGGUUGACUGACCACAUUAGAGGCUCUUAGUCGUUGCUGAGUGGCGUGAAAAUGACUCUGCAAGACAAUAAUACUAUGAGAAAGUUAUUUUCCAGGGUAAAUCGGCAGAUUUUUUUCGUCUGUAGAUCUAGAUCCAACUAAAUGUCAUGCAACUAUUCGACCCAACUCUGAUCUUUCUUCUAUUCAACAACAACCAACCAUCCGGACCUCAACUGAGUUGAACCGUCACAGAUGAAAUUACUCUUUCUCUCUCUUCCUCUUUUUCUCUCUCUGAGGUCAGCUUUGAUUGCUUUUAUUUAUAUUUUAUUAUUUUUGAUUUGUAUAAUUCCACUAAAAAUCACGCCACAGAAUAUCAAGUUAGUAAUAUUAGACAUUAAAUCUCGACAGUAUCUUACAUAAACUAGGCAACAAUUACAUUUCAUGAUUAUGUUAACAUACUACAAAUAGAAAGUAAUUUAUUUUUCUCUAUAAAUAGUGCGAUAGCGUAGAAUUUGAUAUUGUGAAUAUCGAAAUUUAUAGGGUUUAAAAAAUUUUAUCGUGAGAUUUAUUUGUUCAUAUAUAACUUUCAUAUAAAUUACUGUAUUGGAGUUUUGAUACCCGAACUUAACGAAGGAAACAGGAUCAUAAUAAUGGAGCCUUAUACAAGAAGAAGAUAUACAAGACUUGAGACAAUAGAAGCUAUGAAGCUUUUAUGUCUUCCAAGUUCGAACUUUGUAUCAAAAAUUCCAAAUCGUCCUGCUGGGGGAGAAAUCUAUUUAUUCCAACCUAGACUUCGUAUGUAUUUGGAUAAUUGGCGAACAGAUGGCUAUCGUUGGUCGAACAGAGGUACAUCGACUAUGUCCCUCAACAGACGCCCAGCUUUACGGAAAAGUUUCUUCUAUUUAAUGACCAAAGAAGGACAGAAAAACAAUUUUCAAAAGCAUGUCUACAGAUUACUGGACAGUGAUCAGAAAGUUGUUAUUCAUUAUAUCGGCGACGAAAAACUGUGUACGGAUACGUCGGUUGCUCCCAGCAGAAAAAAAAGCCGACAUUCUUCGCAUUCAGUUCGAUCCAUCUUACCUUUGCCUGAACAACUUAUUAGAAAGAAAGAUUUAUUUGAAAGGAAUAAUGGACACGUUAUGAAGAAAGCAGAUAUAUUUGAGAUAAAAAAAGUCUGGGAAAAAGUGGUCCCAUCCCAAGCUAUAUACAGCAACUACCUUCUGGAUAGUCAUCAUAAUGAAAAUCAGUCCGAAAACAGCGAAAGCUUGACUCAAAGUAUAAGUACUUCUAUUUUACGAGGUGUCAAACGAGGAAGCAAGCGAGGGCCAUACAAGAAGUCUGCACUCGAAACUCGAAAGCGUGUACUGUCUGCAGCUGAACGAGGAAAAGAUUUGAAAUCUAUUGCUGCAACACAUGGCGUGAAGAAGACAACUGCAUAUAAUUGGGUGCGCAGAGAUCGUGCAUCGCAUUUGCGCCGUGGAGGUGUCCGUGAUAAGGUGAAGAAGAUAGAGCAUGAACAUAUCGAGUCACUUAUUGAGAGGUUAAACGAAUGUCCACAAUUAACAUUGAAGAAUCUUUGCGAACAUUUACUUUCAAAGUAUGGAUUGAUUGUGUCCGAACAAACUAUAGCCAAUCAUCUAGAUGGAAGAAUGAUUUCAUUGAAGCAAGUACAUUUAUGCCCAGAGACGGUCAACAAUCAGAAAAACAAGCUUUUGAGGAAGGAGUACAUCGAGACAGUGAUGAAAUCAUCUGCUGAAGGAAAGUUCUUUGUAUAUAUCGGCAAGUCAAAUGUCAACCUUUUCCUUAGAAGAAGUAAAGGCGGGUUAAUGAAAGGAACACGUUCAGUUCCGCAUCUGCCUUCUUCCAAAGGUCCGACUAUCCAUAUGAUUGGGGCUGUUUGUCAAGCUGGAUCGAUCGAUUUCCAAAGAACAAGAGGAAGUUAUCGGAGUGACUCGUGCAAUGUGUGGGUGCGAGACCUGUUGCAAAACGUUAUUGGCAAUGGUACUUCGUGUGAACAAAUAGUGAUGGUUACUGACAAUGCCCCUUGCUACUCGGAUUUAGAAAACGUCUUAAGUGAGUUCCAAGGAGCAACACUUCUUCGUCUUGCGCCUUAUUCACCCAUGUUAAAUCCAGUUGAGGGUGUCUGGAGUGUGAUUAAGACUCAACUCAAACAGAAGGAAGCCAAUCAGCUUUCCGAAUUGAUAGCAGGUUCCAAUGAGUAUGACAAGAUUCUUGAAACUGCCUCAGAACUCUAUACAGCUAAUCAACUUCCGGUAAAAUCACAAGUGAUUAAAUCAGCCCAUCAACAAAUUACUCCUUCAUAUUCUUUAAAUAAGUUAGAUGUGGAACACCGGCGGAAAAAUCCUUCUUCUUCAGCAUCGAAAUCCAUCAAUAGCUUAUCAGAUGCAAACCAAUCAUUUUCACCACCUGCAAAAGUUCCUAAAAAACAUAACUUCUCUAAACCUUUUAUUUCAGCUGGUCAAACUCAUGUUAUUGACAAACCAGCUGCUGUUUCAUCGUCAACUACUGAUACUAGAUCCCAACCAAUAGAUUGCUCUAGUAGCUCUUCCAAAAAUCAAAGUUUUUCAUCAAAAAAUAUUCAAAAACCACAAACUGCUCCUAAAUCUGAGAAACAGUUGCAAAUGAGUCCAACAAUAGAUGUAUCUCACCAAAAAGAGAAACGCAUGCUUGUAGUUCCAAACCAUCAGUCAUCUGUUAUGUCAAACAUGUCAUCAUUAUGGAAAGCUGGUCGGUUGUGUGAUGCUUACAUCAGCAAUGGUACAGUUAGUAUUAUGGUUCAUCAAAUUGUCUUUGGAGCUGUAUGUCCCAAAGUGUUACCUGUAUUUUACAAUGCUUUUCAUUCUGACUUACCUGCUGUAACAUUCCCUUCCACUGUGAGUGAAGAAGCACUAUUAGCUUUCUGUGAGUAUAUGUACGAUGGUGUGCUGGAACUAGAUAAAAACAUCCUGUCGCAAUUGAAAAUUAUUGCCCAGUGUCUUGACAUGCAGGGUUUUGAUCAGCUUUGUAACAACCAGUUAAAAAUAGCAGAAAAUUCAGUAACAGUACCAACAGAUAUGUUGGAGUCAAUACUUACUGAACCUUGCUCUUCAUCAGGACUUAUCUCAGACAAUGCUACAAACACUCAAAUUACAUGCCAAGAUAAUUUCACUCCUGUUUCUCAAGUAAUUCCUUCCAAACUUAUCACUCUUUACAAUCGUAAUCUUGAGGAAAAUUCCAAUGUACUUUCCAGCAAAUUUCCAACAGAGAUAAAAAGAAAAGUUGUGAAACAGGAAAUUUCUGAUACUAGUAAUGAACAAGAUGAUAUUAACAGUAACCAUGAAGAUGACCUGAUUAACAAACCACAAAUCAAAGUAGAAUUGAUUGGUCCAGAUGAUCAUCGAUAUGGAUACCAGGACUUUUUGUUAGCACAACAAGGGUCAGACAUUUCUGAUGCAGAUUUAACUCAGUCAAGCUUACUUUCUCAUAACACAUCUCUGGAUAACUUUGAACAAAAUUCUGAUAUACAGCAAACUGAACAAUCAUUAUUAUCAUCUUCAUCCCUCUCUCCUCAUUUCUCACUUCAUUCAGAAUCUCAUCCAGUUGGCUACAUAACUCCUACAUCAAUCCGUAGACUAGUAAGUUGUGAUAAAUUCCAACAUCUGAAAAAUUCUGAGAAUUCUAAGCCUUAUCCUGUUAGUUUGUUCAGUGCAAAUUAUGAACCAAUAUCAUUAUCUUCAUCCAACUUACAGUUAGUAAAUGUUAAAAAGAAGCAUAUAGCUAGAUGACACCAAGGAUUACUUAUACUGGGUUUCAUUUCAACAGAACAACAUAAACAGAUUCAUUUUCUUUUUUUAUUUUAGGUAUCAUGUAUUUAUUUUGUCACAAGUAUGAUUCUACUGCAUAAGAGAAAAGUCUGUCAUAUGGGUGGUUAUUCUCAUUUAUUCUAAGUGUAAAAAAAUAUCCAACCUAUGUAGCUUUUGUUUUAGAUUACCAUUAGAGUUUGCAGGCUAUUUCUUUACAAUGUUGUCUUUCCUUUUGAUGUGGUAAGUGCUGCAGAAUGUCUGCAGAAUGUUUUAAUUUUCAGUUUUACUAAAGUUCUUGUCUGAUUCUGUACCUAUUCAAAAGGAAAUCAUAAGUAUUUCUCUGGUGAUUCUCAAUUUGAGAAAAGAUAGCCUUUUUUUUAUAAUUGUAAACAUUUUAGAAUGGAAGGUGUUGUAAUGAGGGAGCAAAAAAGCAAUUCACAUUGAAUUUAUUAAAUUAUAAAAUUGACAAAUCAUGUAUAAGACAUGAAAAACUGCAAUUUUCUUUCAGAUGGAAAUUUUUUUGUUAUUUAGAUCCCAGGAGUAUGUCAAAGCAAACAUUAAUACAUGCAUAAAAACAUUUUCAGGUAA